UUUUUGAAUCUACUAAAUCUAUUAGACCUUCUGGUGCGCGUGUUUUGUGUGCAGGUCACGGCGCAUUGUUUCAGCAGAUACAAUUUUUCUACCGCAGAGUCGUUACCCUUUGAAUGACCCCAUCGCGUGCUCGCCUCCAGUCUGAUGGUUUAGGUAGUCCCGCCUAUAACCAGAGGGUGGCGCGCCGCUACAAUCUUGCAGAGCACACAACAGCUAGCUCGGUGAAACUCUUGUUGCGCGCUCCCGUGUCCAAACAAUUCCACCCUGAUUUCCUGCUUACGCGUGAGUUUACCGCUGGAGGUCACAGAAUAGGAUUUACGACUGGUCAACAAAAACACGUGACUCUAAGCCGUACCCCAUAUUUGGGAGUCUACGUAAGGGAGCAUUAAGUCUGUGUCUCACUCAUUUCCAUAAUUCAUCAUAAAUUUUGCAAGGGUGCAAUAGAAGCUCAAAACCACCAAGAGACACAAAUCAAACACACACGGUAGAACUGUUCUCUCCAUAAAGGUAGUUGUAGUAACUAAAAAUAAUUAUAAGGUAACUGUCAACCAAUGAGCUCUUAUUUUGUGAACUCAUUUUGCGGUCGCUAUCCAAAUGGCGCGGACUAUCCCUUACAUAACUAUGGAGAUCAUAGCUCUAGUGGCCAAUGCAGAGAUUCUACGGGAAUGCAUUCGGGCAGGUAUGCUUUUGGCUACAAUGGAAUGGAUCUCAGCACCGGGCGCUCUACCACCGGACACUUUCUCUCAUCUGGUGAGCAAACUCAAAGCUACACAGACAGUCCAACUGAGACGCCUGACCGGUACAAUCAACCGGUUACCGCGAGCAGCGCUGAGCCUUCCUCUGACCCUCUCCCCUACUCAUCCUUAGCCAACUCUCCUGUCAGCGAGCAGUCACACCGCGCCCUGAAAACCUCACUACCGAGCACCGCUGGCUCUGCGACCAACAGCAUCGGGACGGCUCUCAGUCGCGAGGACGUUUCUAAAGCGUCCAGCACUAUGGAGGAAGAAAAGCCACCGGGAAGUGCGCAGACACACAGAAGUGCACAGAAUGUAUCCGAGGCGCCGCAGAUUUAUCCAUGGAUGCGAAAACUUCAUUUAAGUCAUGACAGUUUGACCGGACCGGAGGGGAAAAGGCCAAGGACAGCCUACACACGUUACCAGACACUUGAGCUUGAGAAGGAGUUCCACUUCAACCGGUACCUGACACGUCGCCGACGAGUUGAGAUUGCACACACGCUCUGUCUCUCAGAGAGGCAAAUCAAAAUAUGGUUUCAAAACCGCAGAAUGAAAUGGAAAAAGGACAACAAGUUGAAGAGUAUGAAUAUGGCGGCUGCAGGAAGCGGAUACCGGCCGUGAAAAUGUGUAUAUAUUAUAUAUCUGCAUAUAUAAAUUAAAUCUGUUAGUGUUUGAAUAGGUAUGUGUGCACGGGUGCGCGUCUGUUUCCUUAUUCUAAGUGUGUGUUCAAAAAGGGGAUGAAGACUUUGCCCAUUUCACAAAAGAACUUUCCACUGGUCUUGAGAGAGUGAACGCCCCGUGUUGCGUCCUUGGUCAGAAAAAAAUCAAACAAACACUUCCUCUCUGUGUUUUCAUGUAAUGUUGCGAAUGUGGAUAGAUCUUUGCACUGUCUUAGA